AAAACGGAAAGCGAAUCAACGCUCGAACGGAUCUCGUCUGAAGGCACUUGAAAAUGGAGUAUGGACACGUGUCUAGCGUCAAAAUAGGCACUCGCACUCAAAUAAACCCGGCCACUGACCGAAGUUUGUAAUGAAUCACCUGCGCGCAUCAUCGCCGUCGGGUGAAUUCACUUAUAAAAUUAUAUAAACAGAGCUAUCUCCCCAGUUACCACAGAAUGUUCUAACCUCUUACAAACACCAAAACAAUCCAAACAAUUCAUCGAUUUUUGCGCGCGCACAUUUGACAAUCUUCGAGAUCACUCAACAGAUAGACAAACAAAUAAACAAACAACGAAAUAAAACAAAAUCUACUGCACUUAUUGUUACCAAGAUGGAAAUGGACUUGGAGAUAUCCCCACAUGCCGGGAGAUCAGAGGUUCAAAGUCAAGUUCCUACUUCGCCCCACUUUCAAAAUCCCAUGCAAUACCUUCAUGGCGCAUGCAGCCACUGCUAUCGCGAUGAUGGUAGGGAUAUUAGAGACAAACAAUUGGUUUCGUGUUACCAAGAUGGCGAACUGGAUCCAUUCACCCUUUUCUUGCUAACUCCUAGAUGGUGUGUAGAUUGUUUGGCUCAGAGAGAAAUGGCGAUUAGGGCUUCUUAUUGUGAUCGUUUGAUAGAGAUGGAGUCGGUGGAAUUUCCGAUUGGUACGGUGGAGGAGGCCUAUAUUCGUGGUGUAAGUUGAUGGUUGUAUGCUCGGUGUCCAGGUGCAUCCGGGUAUGAGUGGUUAAGUCUUUCAUCAAGUUAUUAACACCUUUCAGGUACACGAUGGACGGAUCAAUGCCCUGUCUCAAUCAUUCGAGGAUUGUGGAGUACGGCCAGGGGAGCAUAACGGCAGUUCUAUGGUGGAUGAUAUCGACGAAGUUUUAAGGAAGUUGACAAACAUGGGACUUGGCACUGCUAAAUCCAACGAGGAUAACAAAAUUGAUGAAAUUGUCCGAGAUUUCAACGAUCAGAUGAUGUUAGAAGACGACGAACUGAAGUACGAAGUUUAUUGGCACUUGGCAUACAUGGAAGGAACGAAAGAUGGUUCCUACAUGCAAGCACAGAUUGAAUACAAAGCACUUACGAUGGACGAUCCGGAACGAAGUGAAAUGCUGAGGAGAGCUGUGCUGUGAGGAAAUAGACCAAGUGGUUAUGGAAAUCAAGGACUCGGCAGUUGUCUUGCGGGGUAUACUGUAUUUUGAGUUGGGUCUGAUCUCGGAGUUAAACUUGAGCUGAGCAUUUUGUAUCUGGGGAAAAUGUCUUGUGCACUGACUUUUAUUGUUGAUUUUGGUCGAUAGAGUCAUGGACAAUGUCCGUGGCAUGAAUGAAUCGACGAGACUAUUGAGGACAAUGAAGUUAACUUAUUAUGCGAUAUUACGCAGGCUGAGUUCGAGCAUUUCGAGGUUAUUCCCGAAUUUGGAACUUUCUGGAUUCCCUUGAACACAACAAAUCUAUCAAUAUCAACCCAAGGAAGUACCGUUCCAAGUGUUGAAUGGAAAGCUAGACCCUUGUCAUGGUGACCGGUGAGUUGGAGGAAUGUCUGCCUUGCGGGUGAGAGUGAGUGAGAGUGAGAUUUGUGUAACUUGACAUUUCUUCAACAACCCUGGAAGUGUCACUUAGGUAGAGUAAUGUAGGGGUGUGCAUAUGUAAUCGGUGGGAAACUGGCCCGAGAUUGCUGACUCUUCUUGCAGAC